AAUACCGGAUACUCUGUACAGUUGUCUUUAAGACUCUUCCUACGCGCUAUGUUUGGAGGCGGACAUUAACGUAUUAUUUUGGUGCACAGCUCGCCAUUGCUUUCUCACAUAUAGUGGCCAUCACUGGAUUGAUAUCACGCACCCUCAUUAUUGACCAUUAUUGAAUUUAUAUUGCCCUUUAUUUUCAGCUCAUCAUGGCCUAUAGAACGACCUCGACUCGCUCAAAAUCGACCACGGUCGUGGGAGAGCGAUCUUUAGAUGUUGCUGAUCUCGAAGUAAUCAAGCUGGAAAGCCUCACUGCAAAAGACCCGGCUGAGACAGCAAAACUUUUGAUAGCUGCUGAGAGUCAGGGGUUUUUCUAUGUCUCUUUUGACGAUAGUCUCUCAGGGAAAAUUUCGGAAUUUCUCCGAAUCUGUUACUUGAACUCUCAUGAAUUCUUCACCAAGCCUUUGGACGAGAAGAUGAAGGCAUUUAGAGAGGAUGUCAAUUACGGCUACAAGCGUGCAGGCAUGGAAUCAUUCGGAAUCUCCCGAGACGAGCAGGACAGUAUGACUCUGCCAAGCCCCUUUGCAGAACACGCUGUAGCGACGCUGGAAUUUUCCAAUAUUUGCGACACCAUAGUCCGUACCUGCCUCCACUGCUUCUCUGAUAGCCUUGGUCUUGGUGAAAUAGACAAUGCUCAUCACCCUGAUGGAAAAAGCGACUCAGAAAUAAAGUUCGUAUCUUAUCCAACCAAAGCAUCUGCUGCUGAUGCACCCGAUACUACCCACACCGACAGCGGUUCGAUCACCUUGCUCUGGUGCGAGAAAUGGGCUAGUCAGAUGCAGACGAAGGAGACGAAAGAAUGGCUAUGGAUUGACCCGAAGCCUGGUUGUGUCUUAGUCAAUGUCGGGAAUCAUCUACAAGGUCAGACUGGCGGUCGCCUGCAUUCCCCAGUCCAUCGAGUGAGUCAACCAAUUGACGGGUUUGAGGACCGAUACUUUGUAUCCUAUUUUUUGAGGCCAAAUUAUGAGUCUUAAGAAACAGCACUUAGCUUAUCAACACGUCGAGGGAUUAUUAUUUACCGAUAUGAAUUUAAGUUCCUCGGACACUUUUUGGAUUGCGGGGAAUUUUCUCAGACUCCCCUUAAAUUCCACCUAGCCCGUCAGCUUACUUCUUUAUUUACUUACAUGGUCAAUUACUGCGCACUUAUUUCGCACUACUAUGGCAGACUGUAUCCAAAUUAACGACAUCAUUUGAA